UGUUCAGUCAUAACAAACAGUGAUGGCGGCUGCUGCACGGUUCUUCAUUCGAGGUGCAAACUCGAAACUUUCCGGUGUUUGCACCGGGACCCACAGCUCUUUUGGAGUCACUCUGCUGAAAUUGUCGCCGAGCUCCAGCUCCCGUACAAAAACACAACGGAGACAUGUCGCGCACUUUACCUUCCAGCCUGACCCCGUGCAGACACAAUAUGGACCCACCCAGAAGAUGAACAUGUUCCAGUCAGUUACAAGUGCCUUGGACAACACUCUUGCCAGUGAUCCCACAGCAGUCAUCUUUGGGGAAGAUGUUGCCUUCGGUGGAGUAUUCCGAUGCACAGUAGGACUGCGAGACAAAUAUGGUAAAGACCGAGUCUUCAACACCCCCCUUUGUGAGCAGGGGAUUGUGGGAUUUGGUAUUGGAGUAGCUGUUGCUGGUGCAACAGCUAUUGCGGAGAUCCAGUUUGCUGACUACAUCUAUCCUGCUUUUGACCAGAUAGUCAAUGAAGCAGCCAAGUACCGCUACCGCUCUGGCAACUUGUUUGACUGCGGCAACCUCACCAUCCGUGCUCCGUGGGGGUGUGUCGGCCACGGCUCACUUUACCACUCUCAAAGCCCGGAGGCCUUCUUCGCCCACUGCCCUGGCAUCAAGGUUGUAAUACCUCGUAGUCCAGUGCAGGCCAAGGGGCUGCUCCUCUCCUGCAUCGCUGACCAAAACCCCUGCAUAUUCUUCGAGCCCAAGAUCCUGUACAGAGCGGCAGUGGAGCAGGUUCCCGUGGAGUCCUACACCAUCCCACUCUCGCAGGCCGAGGUCCUCCAGGAAGGAAGUGAUGUCACUCUGGUUGCCUGGGGAACGCAGAUCCACGUGAUGAGGGAGGUGGCCAAUAUGGCUCAAGAGAAACUGGGAGUGUCCUGUGAGCUCAUCGAUCUACAGACCAUCCUGCCGUGGGAUGUUGAAACUGUUUGUAAGUCGGUGGUGAAAACAGGACGUUUGCUCAUCAGUCAUGAGGCGCCGAUAACCGGAGGCUUUGCUGCUGAAAUCAGCUCUGCAGUACAGGAGGAGUGCUUUCUUAACCUGGAGGCGCCCAUCAGUAGGGUCUGCGGUUAUGACACCCCCUUCCCUCACAUCUUUGAACCCUUCUACAUCCCAGACAAGUGGAAGUGCUUUGAAGCAAUUAAGAAGAUGAUCAACUAUUGAACCCCGUCAGAGCCAACUUCUGGUAGCCCUGAACUCCACGCUCUCUCCUUUUCCUCUUCAGUCAUCCAAUCAGUGGAGAGCAGCCAGGAAAAGACACUUUGUUGACCAUCCAAUCAGGAAGCAGUAUCCAGAUGGGUUCCAUGUCCCUUUGUGUCUUCCAGCUAAUAGACUGUUACAGAACCUCUGCUUUAGGGAAUCUCAUUCUGUUGCAAGGGAAACUAUGACUCGAUCGACUCUAUAUGGUAAAACUCUGCUCUGCCGUUGACAUAAUGCACAUAAUUAGAUUCCUCUUUAAUAAAAGUUGGAUACUGUGGGUAAACCUGUAUUUAAUUGAAUUUGUGACCAUCUGCCUCUCUGUGCUGUUACCUUUGAUUGAAUGUGUCCAGCUCUACACUAAUCUUUAUUUAGUUUGACAUGAACUGAACCUUAUUGUACUAAUAUAGUGGGUCUGUGGUUUUUAAAAGAAAAUAAAGUAAUCCAAGUUUGUGAAA